AGCAUGUAAAGACCAGACAGUAACUUGUAAGAGGUAGGAUGCUACAUGGCUCUUCCCCUGUUGCUCCCACUUCUCCUCUUUUCCGCCCUGUUUCACCUGUCCUCUGGUGCUGACUUUGUUGACGACACUCCGAUAGAGAGGAUAUCGUUUGGUAGCUGUUCCCACCAAGAUGCAGAACAGCCGUUGUGGAGUGAGAUAGCACGGUGGGACCCGGACUAUUUCAUCUGGUUAGGAGAUGCUGUGUACACUGAUACCAGAGUCAGACCAUUCUCAUGGAAACCACCAAGUAUAGCCCGAUACUCCGAACAGCUCCACAAGAUGAAGACAUGCCACGAUUACCAGUCCUUCCAGAAGAGGAGAACUAAGAUUGUGGGAGUUUGGGAUGACCAUGACUAUGGUGUGAACGAUGGUGGUGCAUCUGAUGAUAUUUAUACAGCUGCCGUCCAGGACAUAUUUCUAGAUUUUCUAGAUGAGCCAGAGAGCUCACCUCGUAGGAAUAGAAGAGGACUGUACGGGUCUUAUUUACUGGGAACUGGAGAAAAGAGAGUCAAGAUAAUCCUGAUAGAUCCGAGGUCUCAGCUGGAUAAAGAGAAGCAGGCUGUUUUGGGGGCGGAACAGUGGGCCUGGCUGGAUACGGAGCUGAGAACUGAUCCUACUCCCUUCACUAUUCUAGGAACAGGUUUGCCACUACUCACGGAGCGGAUAUACCUAGAUAAGUGGCUACUUUACCCUCUAGAACGGGAACGGCUGCUAAGCAUGAUAUCCCGCCGUCCAAACACUAUCAUCAUCAGUGGGGACUCCCACUUUGCUGAAAUCCAGUGCACCAACUCUACUAUGGGCCCUCUGUUCGAGGUCCAGAGUAGUGGUAUGACGCACAACUGUUUGGACUGGAUACCUGAUCUACUCUGUAGAUAUUACAUCAAAUAUGUUUCCGAAUGUAGUGGUUGCAUUGUGGAACCUUUCAUAGACCUCAAUUUUGGAACCAUAUCGGUGAUGUGGGAGACACCCUAUCCCAGAGUAGUACUAGAAGUGCGAGGCAAGUCUGGGGUGGCACUGCACUACCUGAUAGAUGUGGGCUCUGUUGCUGACUCUGACUGUCCUCCUAAGCAUUACGUGGAGCACCAAAUAAUCUGGCAGCUGUGUGCUGUGAUAAUGUUAACCCUCGUUAUAAUACUAAUGCUCUACAUUACAUCCUACAUAUCUGUUGCUCUGUUCGCCAGGAUUGUUGUUUACAUUCGCUUCACCAAACCUCACACUGACUGAUGGGGAUAUGAUCUUCCGGGACCGGAGAAAAUUAACUUUGGGAGAAAAUUAAUGUAUGUUCUAUGAUUGGUAAUUGCAUUGAUGUGUAAACUGUAUUUUAUUAGAAAUCAUAUUUUAAUAGGUGUACUGAGUGUGUCAUUUUAUGUUCACUUCCCUCGUUGUCAACGAGGGAAUAAUUAUUUGAUUUUGCAUUUAAAUGUAUCAGUUAUUAGAAUCUAGAAGUGUUUUUAGUUAUUGCACGAUGAAAAGUUUAAUCGCCACAUUCUUGCUAUAUAGCUGAAAAUAAAUGUUGCAAAAUAUAUAAUGACCUUUUCAUAAUUACUACAAAUUAAUAACUUUGUUUCUUAAUUUUCUUUGUACGAUUUUAUACUCAGUUCCAGAAACCAGAUAUUUAAGUUGUCUAUUAUAACUUAUUCACGCUAUAUUAUAAUC